GGCUGCCGGGAUCCAGCCGGGCACGGGAGGCUCCUGCCCGACACAUUGCUGCUCCUUUUCCCUGUGCGGGUCUCGAGUCGGGUACUGGAAAUACUUGGAUCAAUCGAACAGCGCUGGGGAAGGCAGCUGGAAUUGUUCAGGGCUUUUGACCAGCUGAGCUUCACUGAGGAGAAGACAAGAUGUUGGGGGAAAAAAUGUCCAGUUUUGGCAAGAAGCUGAUCCGCCGGCGCAUGGUGGACCUGAGCUCCGAUGACACACGCUUUGCUCGCUGCCUCUCCACACUGGACCUUGUAUCCCUGGGUGUGGGCAGCACACUAGGGGCUGGUGUGUAUGUGCUGGCUGGAGAGGUAGCCAAGGAGGUGGCUGGUCCUUCUAUCAUCAUUUGCUUCCUGGUGGCUGCUUUCUCAUCUGUCCUGGCUGGACUCUGCUAUGCAGAGUUUGGGGCCCGUGUCCCCAAGGCCGGCUCUGCGUACCUCUACAGCUACGUCACCGUUGGUGAGAUCUGGGCUUUUAUAGCCGGCUGGAACCUCAUCCUCUCCUAUGUGAUAGGUACGGCCAGUGUGGCUCGAGCCUGGAGUGCAGCAUUUGACAACAUCAUCGGCAACCACAUCUCCACCUUCUUCGCCAGCAAGAUCUCAAUGCACGUGCCGGGAGUGCUGGCCGAGCAUCCAGACUUCUUUGCUUUAAUCCUGAUUUUGCUGCUUACAGUACUGCUGGCUUUUGGUGUCAGCGAGUCUGCCCUCGUGAACAAAAUCUUCACGGCCGUGAACCUGUUGGUGCUGAGCUUUGUUAUCAUUGCUGGUUUCAUCAAGGGGGACAUCAAGAACUGGCAACUUUCAGAGAUGAACUGUGUCAACUGCACGCAGACAGACUCACCAGAUGACAUGAAAAAAGCUUUUGGCUAUGGUGGGUUUUUCCCCUUUGGACUGGAAGGGGUCCUGACUGGUGCUGCCACCUGUUUCUAUGCCUUUGUGGGGUUUGACUGCAUUGCCACCACAGGGGAAGAAGCCAAGAACCCACAGCGCUCGAUCCCCAUUGGCAUCAUUGUGUCCCUCCUCAUCUGCUUUGUGGCUUACUGUGGCGUCUCUGCGUCCCUGACUCUCAUGGUGCCCUACUUCCUCCUCAACAAGAACAGCCCCCUGCCCGAGGCUUUCAAGGCGGUGGGUUGGGAGCCCGCCCGCUACGCCGUUGCCGUUGGCUCACUCUGUGCCCUCUCCACCAGCUUGCUGGGCUCUAUGUUUCCCAUGCCCCGCGUGAUCCAUGCCAUGGCAGAGGAUGGGCUGCUCUUCAAGUUCCUCUCCCAGAUUCACAGUGGCAGAAAGACCCCUUUGGUCGCCACUUUAGUCUCGGGGAUCUUCGCAGCGGUGUUCGCCCUCCUGCUGGACCUGAGGGACCUGGUGGACCUGAUGUCGAUCGGCACGCUGCUGUCCUACUCCCUGGUGGCGUUGUGCGUGCUCAUCCUCCGGUACCAGCCCAGACAGCCAAACUCCCCGAUGGCCACGGAGAUGCUGGAGCUGAAUGGGAACGAGGAGGAGAGAGUGAUCAUGAACCCGACCACCCCUGCUGCCAGUGCCCAGCACAAAGAGACAUUGUCCCUGGCGAUGCUCUUCAACCCCCCUGGGGACACCCCCACUGUGCUCUCGGGGCACAUUGUCUAUGUCUGUGUCGCUGCCAUUGCCGCACUGAUCACAGUCAUCUGCGUGGUGCUGACCUUCAGUGUGGCUGAGCUGAAGGAUGCCAACGUGGGCUGUGUUGUGGCUCUGGUGCUGCUCCUUGUGGCUCUGCUCGUUUUCACCAUCAUCAUUUGGAGGCAGCCACAGAACAAUGCACGGUUAAACUUCAAAGUACCUUGCCUCCCACUCCUGCCAAUCUUCAGCACCUUUGUUAACAUCCUGCUGAUGGUACAGCUGAGUGCAGGCACCUGGGCACGCUUUGCUGUCUGCAUGGUUGUGGGUUUUAUUAUUUACUUCACCUACGGGAUUUGGAACAGCGUGGAAGGGAAAAAUGCAGAACGAGCCUGUGCCACAGUAGAAAAGCCCCUGCACCAUCCUGGACUGGACCUCAGCCCUCAGGCUGCUGCGGUCUGAGGGUCUGGGAUCCAACACUCCAUGGACCUCUUUGCCACUUUGGGACAAGAUCAUGAUCCAGAGCAUACAUCCAUGCCCUCCCCUGCAGAGACUGAGUCCCAGAGUGAGGUACUAAGGCCUGAACAUCAGCCAAAGCUGACCUAGGAUGAAUGUUCCAACCAAAUGCUGUAUGUUUCCACUCAUUAACAAAGUAUUGUUACAUGUGUUUAUUUAUUGGCAAAAUGUGCUCACCUUUCUCUAUCUAGAAACAGGAUAAGACCACAUCUGGCCUAAUGAGGGGGUGUAGGAUCAAAGACAACACCCUUGGAUCCUCCUUGAGCCCUGGCCUGGCUUUGGGAGAAAGCAGAGAAUGAAAUUAGAAAUGAUGCCAGCUGGUUUGUUAGCAGUGUAAAAGCCAGGCCACUGUCACAGCAAAGUGGGGGAGCCUCGUGGCCUGCAGAGGUGGAAGCACUGCAGGAGCUCCCAGUUCCUGGCGUGGUUCUCCAGUCCUUGGCUGUGACAGCUUCCCCCCACAGCUGAUGUCCCUUGGGCUUGGAUUUGUAUCUUCAUUGGGGUAACUGGUGAUGCAGCUUUCCUAAUCACUGUAGGCAUUCUCUCCCAGCAAUGAUUUGCACUGCUCAGCUUAUCCCUUUGUAAUUCUUUGCUCAUGGUUAGGUGCCUUGCUUAGCUUAUCCUUUUGUGAUUCUUUGCAGUUUUACAUCAUAGGAAAGGCCACUGUUCCUUAAGUUGGUGUCUGUGUCUCUGACCCUACCCACCAGCAAAACAAAAUCGGUGUAGUCAGUAGGGUCAGAACAAAUGAUUGCUUUUAAAACCUAAAUGAAAGAAAACAGUCCUGUCUGAAUUUCCCAGAUGGGAAGACCUUCCUUAUCGUUCACUGGCCCUUAAGUGGGCUUUGACUGGAGGACCAUGUGAGCAAUGGGGAAGUCAGUUAAAAGAAGCUGAACUGCUGGAUGUAUUGAAAUGCAUCCAAAAAAUCAUACACUGAAAAAGGAAAAGAAUUUGUGGGUUUGGAAAGGUGUGCACGGAUUUUGUUAACAGUAUAUCAAACAAAACACCAACAAAAGGAACAGUUGUUGAAAUGUUCUAACGUGGAGCGAUAGAUGUGAGUUGCAGAAUCAAAUUGUAAUGCUAAAGUGCCCAAAUAAGCUGCUUGCUGCUAAGUUGGAUUUACCAGACUUGGUGAGAAGGCUGCAGUUAGAGUAGCUCAGUAAAGGAAAGAUGGGGCAAGUGCAUCACAAGAAAAUGCAUGCAGUGAUUGCAGAGGCGGGUGUGCAGUGGGAUCUUGAUAAAUGGAAUGGAGAUGUUUGGGAUUCUGUGCAUUCUGAUGAGGUUGGUUCCCCAGAUGAAUUUGUAGAUGUGAGACCAGCAUGGAGAUGAAAGGUGGAAUUAGAUGUUAAUGGUCAGGAGGGAUACUCAUACAGGAUUAUACUCGGCAUGAAGUAAAUGAAAUAUUUGAACAGUUUAAGCAAAGACCGGGGAACCUCUUUUCUCUUGGAUGGUGUGCUUGCAUGACCUGGGAUGACAGGGAGCAUCAGGGAUAACCCUAGGCUCAGAGUGCCCUAAGAAGUUUUUAGUUUUGAGCUUGGAUUCUUUAGUGCAGGUUGCAUUUUGGAAUAACAUUCAUGAUACUAAUUUGUUAGCUUUGGCUGCUUUUGACGUAAUACUGAAUACCCUACAGAAAAUGAUUGGCCAGGAUCAGAAAGUCAGAGGUUUAUUUAGUGAGAUUGUAUACAACAAGAUGCAUGAGAACCUGUUGGGAUUUUAUACUUGUAGAUAAUGUUACUGAAGGUACAAUUAGUCACUCCAAUAUUUGUGCCUGUAACUCUGUUGCAAUGACAAGAUUUGAGUUAUUUAUUUUUUGUUUAUAUUUUUUAAAUGAAGUUUUUUAGUUUUUUACCUCCUGUUAUAUCCUGUCAAUUUUUGGUAUCUAACUGUAGCCUGAUUCAAGACUUGCAGCCUACUCCCAUUGGUUCAAACUGGUAAAGGUAUUGUUACACAGACCUGAGCCUUGCUGAAACAAGCCUGGGAGAAUGGACAGAAGACUUUGGUUGCUGCCCAUCAUGGCAUGGCAGAAAUCCAUCAUGUGAUGGAGCAGGUGAAGAAAGAUGGAGAACACAGAUGGUGGGAUGCUCUUUUUGGAUGGGUUACCUACAGGUACCAGAAUUCUCAAAUGAGUGCUUCACCCUGGUGUUGUUUUAUUGAUGCAAAUCCUUUUGCUUUUCGUUCUGAUAAUUGCAUUGUGUGUUAAGGUUUGGAUGAUUAUGAAACAACCAGCUUACCAACUACCUCCACUGAUAGACAAUCCAUGUGGUACCAAAGCAUGAAAUGUUCUCAGGCUCUGUUUGGAUAUUGUGCAGCUUGAGUGACUGUAGUCACAGGGUGUAUUAUAUAGGAAAAUGACUGGGAACUCUGUGGACAGAUAACUGAGGGUACAAUUAGCGGAAACUGAGGACUUACAGCAGCAUGGAAAUCAUAGGGUGGGUGUUACACUGUUCCGUAAUUUGGUAUCUGUUUCUCUGACCCUACCCUCUGGCAAAGCAGAGCCAGGAUUGCAGAGCUGGGUCAUGUGCUGCCUCUUCCCCUCACAGGGAAGUUCUCUGGCUGGCUGGCAGUGCUGGUGGCCCAUGGCUGCCCUCUGCCCUCCUCCAGUCCUGCAGAGGGGCAGUGACACCAGCACAGCCCUCUUGCCAUGGAAGUUGCUUUCCCCGUGCACAGGAGGCCCCACAUGAUGGUGCAGCUGUACUCAUUCCAUCUCUCCUGUGUUCACCACCUCCUCCCUGCUUUCCGUGAGCCAGCCUUGUACAUGGCAGGCAGGCUUAGUGCAACUUGUGCUGGCACUGCCAGCAAACUGGUAUUGUCCUGGCCAUGCUGUUUGGUGUAAAUAUCUUGCUCAAGUGUCUGUGAGAUGUCCUCAGUGUAGCUGUACUUGUGUCCAACCUCAUCUGCCUUUUAUAAUUUAAAAAGAAUUUUAAAAUCUAGUAAAUUAAAUGUUUUUAAGUGCU